AUGGGAGAUAGUGUUGUAAUGUAUUUGUCAUUUGACAAGAAUAUGCUUGCAAAUGAUUAUGUUAAUCCAAAGUGGAGUGAAGAGACCAAAGGCAAGAUUAUAGAGACUAUUGCCAAGCAAGAACAACAAGAAAAGGAAAAGGUUCAACCCAACGCCUUUGAAGAGGCCGCCAACCCAUUUGGUUUUGGAGGAGGCAGAAUCAGAGUACAGAAAAAGGAUGAGCCUGUCAACAAGGCACUUGCCAAGUUCCACCAAGACAGUGGGUUCCUCGAUGUCAUGUCAUACAGCCAUUCAGUGGGUCAACGUAACAGUUGGGGUAGAAGAGCAAGCAGAUAUAAAAGAUUAGCUCCACAAGAUGAUGAUGAUGAACAUGGUGCUGAUUUUACUGUAACACUUUAUGAAAAUUAUUUGGCACCAAUCUUCCAAGGAAUGUGUGUUGGUAAAGAGGUGAUCCAACAAGCCGUCAUUAGACACUAUGGAUUCGAUGACAAGAAACGUACAUUUGGAUUCCGUGAAUAUGAACUUGGAUUUGUUACAGUGUCAAACAAAUCAGUGUCUGGAGGUACUGGUGGCAGUCCAGUACAAACAUUGUCAUUGACUCCAACCGUUAUUACUACAUCGGUCGUCUCGUUUGAUGUUGAUACUGGCAAGGAGAUUGAAUAUUCCACCUCUACAUUGGACUAUAAGUUCAAGGACCGUUGCAAGAGAACUAUUCUUCCAAUUGAUCCAUCCAACCCACUCAUCCUCGACGACACCAAAGAAGAGACCAAACAAAUCCUCAAAGACAGAAACAUCGAUUACACCGUCAAUGACGGACCAUCGACUACCACUAUCCUCGUAGGUAACCAACUCAAGGAUUUCAAGAUAUACCGUAGACUCAAAGUAGAUCCCUCGAUCAAUAUCGAUGAUUUAACAACCAAGAUUGCUGAAUUACUUGGCAAGGAAAAGACUACCAUUAAAGGUCUUCUCAACACUGCCACUCAAAUUUGUUUAGAACCAUCCUUUAAAUUGGAAGAAGAUACUGUUAUUGAUCCAAUCUUUGUUUAA